CUGGAGAGUGUGAGAGAGACAGUUCUAGUGUCUGCUCUGCUAGAGGAGAUUUGUAACAUUUACUCUUUUCACAUACUGAUCUUAUUACUCUGUAAUAAUUUUGCUAGCCUUGUAGUAGUAGAGCGCAAUGAAUGCAAUAGAGUUAGCAUAGGCCUAGGUGUUACACAAUAGUAUAUACACUGACAACGACACUUAAUGUUCACUGCGAUGGCAUGAAGGGACACGGAAACUCGCUCUUGGGAUCAUUGGACACGCAGUACUUUAUGUUUGCCUGAUUGAUUGUCUUUUAUCCUUCGAGAGCAAAUUCUUUCCACGACCAAAGCCUGGCACUGCAACUAGGCCGUUGAUGGACCAGCCUGGUGAAGAGGCGGGGUUAGAAUGGGACAGAGCACCUCGGAACAAGAGGGCCAAGAACAUGCAGAUGCCCCUCUGGAAGAAGGUUUUAAUAACAUCAAGGCGUUUGUGGAGGAAGAACUACAGACGAGCAUGAUGAUGGGGAUGGUGAUUGGUGCGGGCAUCGCCAUAAUCCUCAUCGCCAUCCUCAUCUUCUUCAUGCUGCGGAGGAUCCAGCUCAGAAACCUGCAAGCCCAGGAGGCCCCCAAGUAUCGAUUCCGCAAGAGGGACAAGGUCAUGUUCUAUGGGCGAAAGAUCAUGCGCAAGGUGUCCCAGUCCACCUCUUCCCUGGUGGGCACAGCCUCCUCCUCGCGCCCACGACUCAAAAAGAAGCAGAAAAUGCUCAACAUUGCCAAAAAGAUUCUGCGUUUUAAGAAGGAGGUGCCCACCCUGGUAGCUAAGGAGCCUCCUCCCUCAGUGCUGGAGGCCGACCUUACAGAGUUUGACGUGGCCAACUCCCACCUGCCCUCCGAGGUGCUCUACAUGCUCAAGAACGUCCGUGUGCUGGGCCACUUUGAGAAGCCUCUGUUCCUGGAGCUGUGUAAGCACAUGGUGUUCCUGCAGUUCCAACAGGGAGAGUACGUCUUCAGACCGGGCCAGCCUGACAGCAGCAUCUACGUGGUGCAGGACGGAAAACUAGAACUGUGCCUUACUGGAAUGGACGGCAAGGACGGUGUGGUGAAGGAGGUGUACCCCGGAGACAGUGUCCACAGCCUCCUCAGCAUCCUGGACGUCAUCACCGGACACCAGAAGCCGUACAGGACAGUGUCGGCGCGGGCGGCUGAGGUGUCCACCGUACUGCGUCUACCUGUCGAGGCCUUCCUCUCCAUCUUCGAGAAGUACCCUGAGAGCCUGGUGCGGGUUGUCCAGAUCAUCAUGGUUCGUCUCCAAAGAGUAACCGUUCUGGCGCUGCACAACUACCUAGGGCUCACCAACGAGCUCUUUAGCCACGAGAUGCAGCUCCUGCGCCUGCUGCCCCUGUCCCCCCACCCCGUGCCCCGCACCAGCCCCCAGCGCCACGGCAAGCGUUUCGGUAGCCUGACCGUGCCCGUGGAGGACCGCGAGGCCGCCGUGAAGGACGCACCAGAUCCUGGGAAGGAUGGAGCCACAGUCCCACCAACCCUCAGCAGGACCAUCUCCAUGCCUGUAGACAUCGCCGGCAUGCAGAAGAAUCUGCGGUCGGAUUUCGACAUGGCCUACGAGAGAGGACGGAUCUCAGUUUCCGCUGAGGACGGCAACACGCCACCCACCUAUACACGGGACCAGCGGGAGAGGAGGGUGACCGUAGACGAGGUGCCGUCGGGGGUGUACCUGUACCCUGAGGAGGAGGGGGGUCCGGACAACCAGUUCUCACCAGGACCAGGACCCGUCCCCGGUCGCCCCAGCCCUGCCCUGUUCGAGGAGGCCCUGAAGGAGCUCCUCAAACUCAUGAGGAUAGAGGACCCCGCUCUGCUGAAUGGGAGAGUGACUCUGCACCAUGCCAAGGCAGGAACCGUGCUGGCUAGACAAGGAGACCAGGAUGUGAGUCUCCACUUCGUCCUGUCCGGCUGUCUCCACGUGUACCAGCGGAUGAUCGACAAGCAAGAUGCGGUGUGUCUGUUUGUCACCCAGCCGGGUGAGAUGGUGGGCCAGCUGGCCGUGUUGACUGGAGAACCCCUCAUCUUCACCAUCAAGGCCAACAGAGACUGCACCUUCCUCAAGAUCUCCAAGUCUGACUUCUACGAGAUCAUGAGAGAACAGCCCAGUGUGGUUCUGAGUGCAGCCCACACCGUAGCCAUCCGCAUGUCCCCCUUCGUCAGACAGAUGGACUUCGCCAUAGACUGGAUGGCUGUGGAGGCCGGCAGAGCCCUCUAUAGGCAGGAUGACCAGUCGGACUGCACCUACAUAGUUCUGAACGGACGUCUACGUUCUGUUAUACGUAAAGCUAACGGGAAGAAGGAGCUGGUAGGAGAGUACGGUCGAGGAGACCUCAUAGGAGUGGUUGAGGCUCUGACCCGACAGCCCAGAGCCACUACGGUCCACGCGGUCAGAGACACAGAGCUGGUCAAGCUACCAGAGGGAACGCUCAACAACAUCAAGAGGAGGUACCCACAGGUGGUCACCAGGUUGAUCCACCUGCUGGGACAGAAAAUCCUGGGGAACCUGCAACAGGCCCGCGGACCAUUCUCAGGUUCUGCCCUCGGCCGGUCCAGCGUAGCGUCCAGCCCUGACGUCACCAACCCGGCCAGUAACCUGUCCACUGUGGCCGUACUGCCCAUCUGUGACGAGGUGCCAAUCAACGCCUUCAACCUGGAGCUCAGCCACGCCCUCAGCGCCAUAGGACCUACCCUGCUGCUGACCAGUGACAUCAUCAGAGAGCGACUGGGGGCCUCCGCUCUGGAUAAUAUCCAUGAGUACCGUCUGUCUGGCUGGCUGGCCCAGCAGGAGGACAUCAACAGGAUAGUCCUGUACCAGACAGACAGCAGUAUGACCCCCUGGACCCAGCGCUGCAUCAGACAGGCUGACUGCAUCCUCAUUGUGGGCCUGGGGGAACAGGAACCUGCACUGGGACAGUUAGAGCAGAUGUUGGAGAACACCGCGGUGAGGGCCCUGAAACAGCUGGUGCUGCUCCAUAAAGAGGACGGCUCGGGGCCCUCCAGGACCGUAGAGUGGCUCAACAUGAGGAGCUGGUGCUCUGGACACCUCCACCUCCGCUGCCCCCGCCGGGUCUUCUCACGACGCAGCCCCUCAAAACUGAGGGAGGUGUAUGAGAAGGUGUUUGAGAAGACAGCGGACAGACACAGUGAUUUCUCUCGGCUGGCCCGGGUACUGACUGGGAACAGCAUCGCUGUGGUGCUAGGAGGAGGAGGAGCCAGAGGCUGCUCCCACGUGGGAGUGAUCAAGGCCAUGGAGGAGGCAGGGAUUCCCAUCGACAUCGUGGGCGGGACGUCCAUCGGGUCGUUCAUCGGGGCGCUAUACGCCGAGGAGAGGAGUGCGGUGCGCACCAAGCAGAGAGCCCGCGAGUGGUCCAAGGCGAUGAACUCCGUAUUCAAAACCAUCCUUGACCUGACCUAUCCCAUCACCUCAAUGUUCACCGGCGCCGCCUUCAACACCAGCAUCUCCAAAGUGUUCCAGGAAAAGCAGGCUGAGGACCUGUGGUUGCCCUACUUCAACGUGACUACUGACAUCACGGCGUCCGCCAUGCGUGUGCACCAAGACGGCUCGCUGUGGCGCUAUGUUAGAGCGAGUGCCUCCUACACCCCCUAUUUACCUCCCCUCUGCGACCCCAAGGAUGGCCACCUGCUUGUGGAUGGUUGCUAUGUUAACAAUGUCCCAGGGUCACUGUGGCGCUAUGUGAGGGCGAGCAUGACCCUCUCAGGGUACCUGCCGCCCCUCUGCGACCCCAAAGAUGGCAACUUGCUUAUGGACGGGGGCUACAUCAACAACCUGCCAGCGGACAUCGCGAGGAACAUGGGCGCCAAGACUGUCAUCGCCAUCGACGUAGGUAGCCAGGACGAGACGGACCUCUGUAACUAUGGCGACAGCCUGUCGGGCUGGUGGUUGCUGUGGAAACGGAUCAACCCCUGGGCAGAGAAAGUGAAGGUUCCAGACAUGGCAGAGAUCCAGUCCAGGCUGGCCUAUGUGUCGUGUGUACGUCAGCUGGAAGUGGUUAAGAAGAGUGCCUACUGCGAGUACAUCCGACCACCCAUCGACCGCUUCAAGACAAUGGACUUCGGCAAGUUUGACGAGAUCUACGAUGUGGGCUACCAGCACGGCAAGCUGCUCUUCACCGGAUGGGCCCGUGGUGACAUCAUCGACAACAUGCUCAAGGACCACCGCUCGGCAGACUACAACGACAGCAAGACCAAGACGGACUCCUAUACGUGUCCAGGGUCAGACUUCACUGACCUGGCUGAGAUAGUGUCCAGGAUUGAGCCGGUCCAGACCUACGUCGAUCCUGACGCUGAUGCUGCUGAGGCGGGGGAUGAGUCGGACUGCCUGACGGAGUAUGAGGAGGACGGGAUGGACACGGUGAGAGAAGUGGAGGAGGAGGAAGAGGAGGAGGAAGAGGGGGAACAGGAACUCGAUGACCUCUCCCCCAGAGAGUGGGGCCAGAACGGAGUCUUCCAGGCGGAUGAGGAGAAGUCAGUCCGCCAGCGGAGGAAAGCAGAAGGUGACUCCAACACCUACUCCGAGCUCUCCGACUGCUGACAGGAGGAGAGGAAAAAUUAGAAAGAGACAGACGUUGGGUCCAAGAACUGAGGGAGGAAAGGGGGAUAUGAGUCAGGUUCUGGGUCCAAAAACUAAGAGGAGGAGGUGGAAGAUGAAAGUUGGAGGUCGGGCAAUUUCUGCAGCUACUGUAGCUCAACAAAUACUUAUUUAUCCCAACCCUAAUCUACCACACCUGAUUCUAACAAUUAGCUGGUUUAUCAAAUAAAUCAGGUUACAUCAAGGGUUGGAUUGAAAACCUACAGGGGUGCUCUCCAGGAACAGUGUUGGAGAGCCCCGCUCUAACCCCUGACCCUUAACCCGUAAGCCCUUGGACCACUGGUGCCCAGUGUGACUUGGACCAUGAAUGUACUCUCUCCAAUCUGAAGAUGGACUCAACUGGGACCCCUCCACUCUCUCCCUCCUGCCAAAGCUGAAAUAGUUGUAUUGGGGUGACUUAAGUGUGUCCCUCAUACCACAGGGAACACAUUAGUACUUGGUUGAAGUUAAAAACCUAGUCUCUUUAAGCUUUCAGCUCCAAUGCUUUGGCCCUAUUCAGACUUUCUGUCUGCAUGUCCUGUCUGUCCAUAAUCAGGAGAGGUUCUCAUUGAUGGUUCUCUGUUAAGAUACGAAUGGGUAUUCCGUGGAUGGAAGUUGGAAAGAUGUGUGUGUGUGUCAUUACGAUUUAUUUGCUAGUAGUAGUAUUGAUGUUGAAUGGAGAGGGAUGUGAGAUGUAAAAGGCUGAUAAUGAAAGCGGUGCAAAGCCGCUGAUGCGCACAAACAGUAGAAAGACGGAUGUAUACUGAACAAAAAUAUAAACACAACAUACAACAAUUUAAAAGGUUUUACUGAGUUCAUAUAAGGAAAUCUGUCAAUUGAAAUUCAUUAGGCCCUAGUCUAUGGAUUUCACGUGACUGGGCAGGGGAGCAGCCAUGGGAGGGCAUAGGUCCACCCACUUGGGAGCCAGGUCCAACCACUGGGGGGCCAGGACCAGCCAAUCAGAAUGUGUUUUUCCCCACAAAAGGGCUUUAUUACAGACAGAAAUACUCCUCAGUUUCACCAGCUGUCAGGGUAUCUGGUCUCAGACGGUCCCGCAGGUGAAGAAGCCAGAUGUGCAGGUCCUUGACUGGUGUGGUCUGCGGUUGUGAGGCCGGUUGUACGUACUGCCAAAUUCUCAAAAACAACGUUGGAGGUGGCUUUUUGUAGAGAAAUUAACAUUUUAAAUUCUCUGGCUGCAGCUCUGGAGGACAUUCUUGCAGUCAAUUCUUGCAGUCAAUGCCAGCAGCAUACCACCCUGCAUACCACUGCUGGCUUGCUUCUGAAGCUAAGCAGGGUUGGUCCUGGUCAGUCCCUGGAUGGGAGACCAGAUGCUGCUGGAAGUGGUGUUGGAGGGCCAGUAGGAGGCACUCUUUCCUCUGGUCUAAAAAAAAAAAUAUCCCAAUGCCCCAGGGCAGUGAUUGGGGACACUGCCCUGUGUAGGGUGCUGUCUUUCGGAUGGGACGUUAAACAGGUGUCCUGACUCUCUGAGGUCAUUAAAGAUCCCAUGGCACUUAUCGUAAGAGUAGGGGUGUUAACCCCGGUGUCCUGGCUAAAUUCCCAAUCUGGCCCUCAAACCAUCAUGGUCACCUAAUAAUCCCCAGUUUACAAUUGGCGCAUUCUUCCCCCUCCUCUCCCCUGUAACUAUUCCCCAGGUCGUUGCUGCAAAUGAGAACGUGUUCUCAGUCAACUUACCUGGUAAAAUAACGGUAAAAUAAAAAUAAAGAAAUAAAAAAGUCAGCAUGCCAAUUGCACACUCCCGCAAAACGUGAGACAUCUGUGGCAUUGUGUUAUGUAAUAAAACUGCACGUUUUACUGGCCUUUUAUUGUCCCAGCACAAGGUGCACCUGUGUAACGAUCAUGCUUUUUAAUCAGCUUCUUGAGAUGCCACAUGUCAGGUGGAUGGAUUAUCUUGGCGAAGGGGAAAUACUCACAGACAGAAAUUUAAACCAAUUUUUGCACAAAAUUUGAGAGAAGCUUUUUGUGUGUGUAUUAAACAUUUCUGGGAUCUUUUAUUUCAGCUCAUGAAACGUUAAAUGUUGCAUUUUAUAUUUUUGUUCAGUGUAUAUUAUUAGAUGUGGAAGUAGGGAGAUGAAAAUGUGUAGAGGUGUGUUUGUCAUUGGUUUCCACCAUGCUUGCUACUACUGUAUUCUGCUUGUUCCAAGCAGAGGAUAACAAUGCCUUUUUUAACCAUUUAAAAACAAUGGAGGGGAGACUUUGCCAAUGGACCUUUUAGUAUAGAAAGCAGCCCUCUCUCCCUACUUGCCUAAUGCUUGCAUGGGGUCCUGUGUACUUCCUAACUAACAAGUGUCAAACUCAUUCCACGGAGGGCCAAGUGUCUGGGUGGUUUUCACUCCUUCCUUUUACUUGAUGAAUUAAGGUUGCUAAUUAGUAAAGAACUCCCUUCACCUGGUUGUCUAGGUCUUAAUUGAAAGGAAAAAACAAAAACCCACAGAAACUAGGCCCUCCAUGGAAUGAGUGUGACACCCCUGCCCUAACCUCUCAAAUGGUCAGAGUAACUUAGUCUAAUCUUAGUAAUAACUAUAUAUACACACUAUACCUACUUUACACCUGUUAAUACUCAUAUGUAUAUAAUAAAUACUUUCUAUGUCAAUGUUUUUCUUCUGCAAAACUAGGACUCUUUUCGCCUGAGAGACGUCCUUCCUAAAUCCAUUCAAAAGUGCACAGAAUGUUUUGUUGCCAAUUUUAAUUUAAUUUAUUUGUUUUACCACUGGCUUUUUUUUAAAUAGCCUUUUUUUAACACUGAACAAAAGGGGGGGGGGGGUCCUAAUGGAGAAUUCUAAUUACAGACGUGAAUAAUGAACUGUACUGUUCUUAUUAGAUUGGGUUUCGCUAUUUUGCACUGAUGAAUAAAAAUAAUAAUUCCUUGGUUGGAAAGGAGAUUUUUGAUUUAUUUGCAUCUUCCUUAAGAUGCCCUAUGGAGACAGGAUGGUAUGGGAUGUCAUUUCAAUUUAAAGAAAUGUUCAAAUGCAUACUCAAUAAUAAAUCUAAAUUAUAAUGCAAA